CCCAAGCAACAUUGUCUCGCGUCAGCAAAGCGAAGGCGGAGAAGAGGAGUACGAAGUCGAGGUACCUGACGUUGAAGAGGAGGACGAGCUAGAGAGCGAUAACGAGGAGAAGGAUGAUGUGCCCUCCACCUCGAAUGCAGGGAGGGGAAGAGCAGGCCCAAGCAGCGCGAAGCGGCAGAAGCGCAAGGCGGACGAAGGUAACCUGAAGCAAAAGCGGCAGGAAAUGGACAAGGCCAAAAUUGCAGAUGCUGUCAAGCGGUACUCUUACCUUCUGGGACAGACCGACUUGUUCAGGCAUUUCGUGGAUAUGAGGAAAGCACGUGAUCCGCAAUACGCUGCUCUCCUCGAUGCGCAACCGAAGCCCAAAGGACGUGGACGGAAAAAGGCUGUUGAUAAUAGUGCUCGUCACCGCAAAUCGGAGAAGGAAGAAGACGAAGAGCUUUUGAAGGGAGGAGCGUUAGCCGCAGACGACGAGGAUGACCAACCGUUUGUAUUCGAGGAGUCGCCCAGCUUUAUCCAUGGCCAAAUGCGGCCUUACCAGCUUCAGGGCCUGAACUGGAUGGUCUCCUUGCACCAUAACGGUCUCAAUGGUAUUCUGGCCGACGAGAUGGGCCUCGGCAAAACUCUCCAGACCAUCUCCUUCCUUGCAUACCUGAAGCACCACAAGAACACGCCCGGCCCGCACCUAAUCGUCGUCCCCAAAUCGACGCUGCAGAACUGGGCGCGGGAAUUCGAGAAGUGGACGCCGGACGUGCGCACGGUGGUGCUGACGGGCUCGAAGGAGGAGCGGCAGGACCUCGUCGCGACGCGCGUGCUCCCGAUCGACUUCGAGGUGCUCAUCACAUCGUACGAGAUCUGCCUGAUCGAGAAGAACGCGCUGAAGAAGCUGUCGUUCGAGUACAUCGUUAUCGACGAGGCGCACCGCAUCAAGAACGUCGACUCGAUCCUCAGCCAGAUCGUGCGCUCGUUCAUGUCGCGCGGACGGUUGUUAAUUACGGGCACGCCGCUGCAGAAUAGUAUGAAGGAGCUGUUUGCGUUGCUGAAUUUUAUUUGCCCGGAGAUUUUCCAGGAUUAUGCGGAUUUGGACAGUUUCUUGCAUAAAGAUGAGGCGAGCGCGGAGGGCGACGAGGAGAAGAGCAAGAAGGUAGUCGAUGCAUUGCAUAAGAUCUUGAGGCCUUUUCUUCUGCGGAGAGUCAAGGCGGACGUGGAGAAGAACCUUCUACCUAAGAAGGAAAUUAAUAUCUAUGUUGGUCUUACGGAAAUGCAGAGAAAGUGGUACCGGUCUGUAUUGCAAAAGGACAUCGACGCCGUGAACGGUUUGACCGGGAAGAAGGAGGGCAAGACGCGGCUCAUGAACAUUGUCAUGCAGUUGCGUAAAGUAACAGACCACCCGUACCUAUUCGACGGCGCUGAGCCGGGACCGCCUUACACCACCGACGAGCACCUUAUCCAGAACUCAGGCAAGAUGGUCAUCCUCGACAAGCUGCUCCACCAAAUGAAGGAGAAGGGCUCGCGAGUGCUCAUCUUCAGUCAGAUGAGCCGCAUGCUCGACAUUAUGGAGGAUUAUUGUUUGUUCCGCGGUUUCAAGUACUGCCGUAUUGACGGAAGUACCGCCCAUGAAGACCGUAUCGCGUCUAUCGACGAAUACAACAAGCCUGGAAGCGACAAGUUCAUCUUCCUACUCACGACCCGUGCCGGUGGACUGGGUAUCAAUCUCACCACAGCUGAUAUCGUUGUGCUCUAUGACAGCGACUGGAAUCCCCAAGCCGACUUGCAAGCCAUGGAUCGUGCUCAUCGAAUUGGGCAGACAAAGCAGGUGUAUGUCUUCCGUUUCAUCACGGAGAACAGCGUGGAAGAGCGGAUGUUGGAGCGAGCAGCACAGAAGCUGCGGCUUGAUCAACUGGUCAUCCAGCAGGGACGGCAGCAGCAGCAGAAAGCUGCGAGCAAGGACGAACUCCUGGACAUGAUCACCCAUGGCGCUGAACAGAUCGUCAAUUCUGAUGCUGAGCAGUUGCUUAUCGACGACGAUAUCGAGGCUAUCAUUCAGCGCGGUGAACAACGAACGCAGGAACUCAAUAGUAAAUACGAGAAUCUGAACCUCGAGGAUCUAAGCAACUUCAAGUCCGAUGCUUCGGUGCAGCAGUGGGAGGGCGAGGACUUCCGUACCGGACCGGCUCGGAAACCAUUAAACUUCAACAUGUUGGCAUUGUCGAAACGGGAGCGUAAGACGAACUACUCGGUAGACAGUUACUUUAAGGAGACAAUGCGCGCCGGGCCUUCGAAAACGGAGAAAGGUCCCAAGAUCCCUCGAGCACCGAAGCAGAUCCAGAUCCAAGACUUCCAGUUCUUCCCCCCGAGACUGGCGGAGUUGCAGCAACGAGAGCUAGCAGCGCACAAGAGAGCCAACGAUAUUCCGGCGACGCUGAGAGAGCCUCAAGGUCCGGAGGAUACCCCCGAGAAGCUCGAGGCUGAACGACAGGCGGAGCAAGAGCUCAUUGAUAACGCCGAGCCUCUGACGGAGGAAGAGCUAGCAGAGAAGGAAGCUUUGAUUGCCCAAGGUUUCGAAGACUGGAGUAGACGAGACUUCCAGCAGUUCGUGCGCGCACUCGAGGCGUAUGGAUGGACCGAGGACUUCGAGUUACUCGCCACAGACAUCCAAGAUAAGACGCCCGAGGAAGUUGCCAAAUAUUACCCGGUGUUCAAGAAGAAGUGGAAGACACUGGCCGAAUAUCCCAGGAUUCAAGCCCGUAUCGCGGAAGGCGAGGCGAAACGGGACCGUCGUUCGAACUUGGAGAAGCUGCUUGCGGAGAAGAUCGCGUCUGUGCGGUACCCGAUGCAAGAGCUCGAGCUGAACUACCCCACGACAAAGGGCAAAGUCUACAGCGAGGAAGAGGACCGCUACCUCCUCUGCCGGCUGAACCACUACGGAAUGAGCUCGGAGGACGUGUACGACAGGAUCAAGAAGGACAUCACGGAGUUCCCGGUGUUCCGCUUCGACUGGUUCUUCAAGAGCCGCAGCCCACAGGAGCUGGCGAGGAGGUGCACGACGCUGCUUUCGAUGAUCGAGAAGGAGGCGCAGGAGGCGAAGGCCCAGGAGGACGCGUCGAAGGCGGCGAAGAGCAGUACGAGGGGAAAGAAGAGGAAUAUCGAAGAGGUGGGGAAGGCGGAGAAGGCUUCCAGGGCUGCGUCGCCGACGCCGAGCGGGAGCGCCGCUGGAGCACCAGCGAAGAGGCAGUACAAGAAAAAGAAAACAUAGACUCCCCUUCAUCUCCCUCGUUCCUCUCUUCUCUUUGUACUACUCGUCGCUCGAUUUGUUUUGUUAUUAAGAUGGACCUGUUAUGUCUCCUAAAAUUACAUAUGCCUCGUAUGCGUAUAUACGAUAAUAAUGCAAGAUGUUACAGAUCACCUUCAGUCUAUGACGGGAUGGUUCAUCUUGACUUUUGUGCCUUUUGAGAGGCGAUGUAGUGUUGCCGUUUUUCAAGGUCAUGAGCCCACAUGGCUGCGCCGAUUCUGUUGGAGACGGAGAAAAGCAGGCCAAUGACGGGGAGGCCUUCCAAUAGAGCAGCUACGAAGCCGAAGGUCCGGUACUCCCAUUUCCGCUCUUCAAUGAAUACGGCUACCUGGUGCUUGGACAUCUUCUUGGCUUCAAAGUACGGUUGGUGGAGGUACCUAGCCGUACCGAGAGCUCGGAGCCAGGCGGAUAUGAAUAUUCCGACGACGGGUACGAUAUCAAACGGCAGAAGCAGCACCCGCCUGACAAAGAAUCGCCCGAAGUAGCUUGCAAGCAUCUUCUCCCAGAUCCCCCACCCGCCCUCGCUCACCUUCGGCGGGAUCUCCCACUCCUCCACGUACGGCUGCCAGAAGUCGGGGCCCUUCCCGCGAGAGGCGACAGUGUGCUCCCAUGCGCGCUGGCGCGCGAUCCGGAUGUUGCGCGAGAGGAAG